AUGUCUUUCUUGUCUAAUGUUAGUUCACCUUUGAAAUCUCUACAGACAUUAGGACUUGACGUAAAUCUUGAUCUACAUCAAUCGAUUCCUAUCAAAGAACAUUUGUAUCCUCCAUUCCUCAAGGACAAUUUCACUAACGUGACAGUCAUUUUGGACGAAUUUCGGACGCGCCUUAUAAAUAUCAAUAAUAUCACAGUCAUAGCAUUAAUUAGCCUUUACGCUAUUGUAUUCAUUUUGGGUUUGGUCGGUAAUUUUGUUAUAAUAUAUUUUGCAAACAAAACUAAACAGCAAGUACCAAAUCAAGCGAGGAAUCGAGUCUUUAUCAAUUUAUGUAUUGCCGACUUGCUUGUCAUUUUGAUAUGUUGUCCCAUUACUGCGUAUACGAGUGCCACUAAACUUUGGCUCUUGGGGCAUACCUUGUGUAAAAUGCUUUCCUAUCUUCAAGGGAUGGCCGUAACAGCGGGAACACUUUCAUUAACCAUUUUGAGUCUGUAUCGUUACACUUUUCUUCGAUACCCCAACUUAUACAAGAAAAUUAGCGGAAAUUUUUUGCUUGCGGUUAUGAUUAUAAGUGUUUGGACUAUAGCGUCACUCAUAUCGUUACCUAUGGUUUUUACACGGACCAUGCAAGAAUUACACUUGGGAUCGGUACACAUGAAAUUUUGCAUAGAACAAUGGAACUCUGAUGUUAAUAGAAGAGCAUUUUCUAUCGUGACUCUUAUUAUAGUCUAUGUCCUUCCCUGUACUGUUCUGAUUGUUUGCCAUUCUGGAGUCAGUAGUACCUUAUGUACUACUGAAAAGUCAUCAUUUCUCAAUAGAAACAAUUCUAGACAGAAAUCUUUCCGUUGUAGAUCUAGCUGUUCCUUCGACGUUCCCCCAACACCACCUAAUACCAUUGCAAAUUCGUAUCAUUCAGACAUAUAUCAUUCGAGUUUGCAGAUGUCAGAUAGACAGACACAUUGCAAGACAUCUGACAGAAAUCAGAAGCGAAAUGCGGGUCUGAAAAGCAGAAGGAAAUUGGCUAAUCUACUAAUGGGCAUGACUUCUUGUUUUGUUAUUUGCUGGUUGCCUUACAAUGUCACUUCUUUCUAUGUAGAUCUUUAUCCAUCUCCAUCUCUUGUAGUGUUCCUACCGUUUACACUAUUGUUAGGACACGCCCAUAGUGCUAUAAAUCCUAUAAUUUAUUGGUUCAUGAACAGAGACGUUCGUUUAAAAGUCAAAAAUGCUUUCAAUAACAAAACUUUAGCGAAUAAAUUUCCACCAAAAACACAUCCCAUGUGCUUAAAUUUUGGUCACAGUAACGAGUUUACAUCAGAUAGUGUUUUAGGUAUUUUCCAUCCAAAGUAUACAUUAAAAGAGUUCACUAUGAAAUAA